AUGUGUCCCUCGCCAGCGGGCCUGUGCAGCGAGGACAGGGUGAAUCCGUGCAUGGGAGGCACGUGCUUCAACCGCGGCACCAAGGACCUCUCCUGCAUCUGUCCGCCCAACCGCCGCUCUUACGGCCAAUUCUGUGAGGAGGUGUUUGAGGCCAUAUCGACCGUCACAGUGCUGGACCGCGACUGGAGAGGAGAGGAGGUGUUUGAGGCCAUAUCGACCGUCACAGUGCUGGACCGCGACUGGAGGUGCAAGGACGUGUACACCAUGUAUGGCCUCACGCUGCAGCAGUUCACCGAUAUGAACCCGGGUAUCGACUGCUCUGCUCUCCUUCCUCAGGAUCGCGAGCUCGUGGUGAAAGAGAUUUUGCCAGCUUGCUCUGCCUUCUACUACACCCAGCCGGCCGACACAUGCUCGUCCGUGGCUCAGCUUCUCAACAUCUCCAAGGACACCUUCCAGCAGCUCAACCCCGGUGUUAACUGCUCCUCUCGCCUCCCCGUGUUCCACUCCCUGUGUGCGGAGCGCGACCCAUCCAAGGCCAAGCCGAAGUGUACAAAAGACACAGUGAUUGGCAAAGUGGUGGACUUCAAGCAGGUGGCAGUAUCCAAUAAAGCCACCAUGGUGGACCUCUGCAGGCUCAACCCUUGGAUCUCCUUCCGCGAUUCCCAGCGCGACAUUGAUAAACUGUGUGUGGCUGCCACGUAUGGCCCUUCCUCCUUCGACCACAUCAUCGCGUUCGCCCGCUUUUUUGGACCUCCGCCAACGCGUUCUCUGCUCGACUUUCGCAGCUAUGCUCACGGCCCAGGGCGUCACGCCCGCAACAACUCCCAUGCUGAUUUGGAAGCUUGUGUGCAGAAGAUUGACCUGAACAACUUGGAUGAGGAAAUGGCUGAAAAGGAACCUGCUGAAAACUCCCCUGCUAAGGACCCUUCAGCUGCUGAAAAUUCCAAGGAGCAGGAAGGGGAGUCUCAGGAGGAUGACAUUGAGUUGGAAGGGGAAGAGGACAUUUUGCAUGCUGAAAUUGCUAAGCUGCAGGACCAUGCUGCUGAGCAGGAUACGCGCAUCCAGCAGCAGCAGUCACUCAUCACCAACCUCAAGAGGGAUCUCUCUGACCAGGACAACAAAAUCAAGUACCUGGAAGUUGAGCUCAAGAACAUGAAGCACGAUGCGCGGGAGCAAGGUCACCAGCUGGCGCGGCAGACCUCAAAGAUCAACGAUCUGCGCGAGGCUUUCAACGCCCUUCGGAGGGAGACCAUGUAUCGCCCUGCACCGCGAGCGGACCCGCCCGCCAACUCUGCUAGCGGUCGCACCAACCCUUCUCGCUCUGGUGGUGCAGUGGGUGACCCCGGUCCUUCUACGCAGCGCGCUGCUGAGCCGAGCACGCAGGCCUUUGGCUCUCUGCCAAUCACCCUGCCGCCAUUCAUCCAUGGCAAGACGGACGUGGCUGCGUGGCUGUCGAUGAUGACCGACCUGUUCAAGGCGCACAAGGUCCAAGACGACGCUCGCGUCGUCGCUGCCACCACCGUGCUGGACCAGAAUGCACAGCGAGUGGUGUAUGGCAGCAAGAUCCAGGCUGAGGCGGAUAGGAAGCCGUUUGGAUCUAUUGAAGACAUUUCUCCUCUGGAGAAAAUCUUGGUUAUUCACUGCGGUGGCAACAACUCCCAUGCUGAUUUGGAAGCUUGUGUGCAGAAGAUUGACCUGAACAACUUGGAUGAGGAAAUGGCUGAAAAGGAACCUGCUGAAAACUCCCCUGCUAAGGACCCUUCAGCUGCUGAAAAUUCCAAGGAGCAGGAAGGGGAGUCUCAGGAGGAUGACAUUGAGUUGGAAGGGGAAGAGGACAUUUUGCAUGCUGAAAUUGCUAAGCUGCAGGACCAUGCUGCUGAGCAGGAUACGCGCAUCCAGCAGCAGCAGUCACUCAUCACCAACCUCAAGAGGGAUCUCUCUGACCAGGACAACAAAAUCAAGUACCUGGAAGUUGAGCUCAAGAACAUGAAGCACGAUGCGCGGGAGCAAGGUCACCAGCUGGCGCGGCAGACCUCAAAGAUCAACGAUCUGCGCGAGGCUUUCAACGCCCUUCGGAGGGAGACCAUGUAUCGCCCUGCACCGCGAGCGGACCCGCCCGCCAACUCUGCUAGCGGUCGCACCAACCCUUCUCGCUCUGGUGGUGCAGUGGGUGACCCCGGUCCUUCUACGCAGCGCGCUGCUGAGCCGAGCACGCAGGCCUUUGGCUCUCUGCCAAUCACCCUGCCGCCAUUCAUCCAUGGCAAGACGGACGUGGCUGCGUGGCUGUCGAUGAUGACCGACCUGUUCAAGGCGCACAAGGUCCAAGACGACGCUCGCGUCGUCGCUGCCACCACCGUGCUGGACCAGAAUGCACAGCGAGUGGUGUAUGGCAGCAAGAUCCAGGCUGAGGCGGAUAGGAAGCCGUUUGGAUCUAUUGAAGACAUUUCUCCUCUGGAGAAAAUCUUGGUUAUUCACUGCGGUGGCAACAACUCCCAUGCUGAUUUGGAAGCUUGUGUGCAGAAGAUUGACCUGAACAACUUGGAUGAGGAAAUGGCUGAAAAGGAACCUGCUGAAAACUCCCCUGCUAAGGACCCUUCAGCUGCUGAAAAUUCCAAGGAGCAGGAAGGGGAGUCUCAGGAGGAUGACAUUGAGUUGGAAGGGGAAGAGGACAUUUUGCAUGCUGAAAUUGCUAAGCUGCAGGACCAUGCUGCUGAGCAGGAUACGCGCAUCCAGCAGCAGCAGUCACUCAUCACCAACCUCAAGAGGGAUCUCUCUGACCAGGACAACAAAAUCAAGUACCUGGAAGUUGAGCUCAAGAACAUGAAGCACGAUGCGCGGGAGCAAGGUCACCAGCUGGCGCGGCAGACCUCAAAGAUCAACGAUCUGCGCGAGGCUUUCAACGCCCUUCGGAGGGAGACCAUGUAUCGCCCUGCACCGCGAGCGGACCCGCCCGCCAACUCUGCUAGCGGUCGCACCAACCCUUCUCGCUCUGGUGGUGCAGUGGGUGACCCCGGUCCUUCUACGCAGCGCGCUGCUGAGCCGAGCACGCAGGCCUUUGGCUCUCUGCCAAUCACCCUGCCGCCAUUCAUCCAUGGCAAGACGGACGUGGCUGCGUGGCUGUCGAUGAUGACCGACCUGUUCAAGGCGCACAAGGUCCAAGACGACGCUCGCGUCGUCGCUGCCACCACCGUGCUGGACCAGAAUGCACAGCGAGUGGUGUAUGGCAGCAAGAUCCAGGCUGAGGCGGAUAGGAAGCCGUUUGGAAACCGGCGGAACGUAUGA